UGACAGGUCACGUUUUAAGUGUUGUUGUCAUCUGCUUGUAAAACACCACUGCACUGAUUUGUCCUCUGUUAGCACCAGAAAUACUACUACAUAAUGGAGACGUCCGGCUACUCAGAGGACACAGACGAGAUGAGGAUUCAAACACCCUCACAUCCACUUCCCAAAGAAAUACAACAGAUGGAGCGCAGUGAGACGGAGUGCCAGUACUGCGGCGUGAGCUACCUGAUCCUGCACGAGUUCCAGAGGCUCCAGAAGAGGCUGGCCGAGGCCGAGAGGAGGCUGGAGGAGCUGAGGGGAUCGGCGGAGAGGGAAGCAGCGCUGAGGGCCCAGCUGCUGGAGGUCACGGCCAAACACAACGUGCUGCAGGACAGGGAGAAGGGCCUGGGUGUGCAGCUGGCUGAGGCUAGGCGAGAGCUGGAGCUGGUGAGGGGGGAUCGAGACCUCCACUCAAAACAGCUGGAAGGCGAGCGGUCCCAAAGACAGGCACUCAGUGCCAAGUGCGUGCGUCAGCAGCAGGCCCUGUGUCGGUGCGUCCCGGUGCUGCGAGCGUCGCGUCAGGAGCUGCAGAGCACGCGGGCUCAGCUCCGCAGCCUCAAAGCAUUCUGGGAGGACUCCAGCGCCGAGCUUAUGCAAAACACCACGGCUGCCAUGAGAGACCUGUUGAAACUACAGCAGGCAGUCGGUGCUAUGGAGGAGGAGCUAAAGAGGCAGGAGACGGACCUGUCUUCAUCCCAGCAGCAAAUCAGAAGCCUCCGGGAGUUGACUGACAGGCAGGAGGCGGAGCUUGAGCGCACCCAGGAGGCCCACACAAACGUGCAGAGACUGGAGGAGGAAGUGAGGAGCCUGGAUUUGAAGCUUCAGAGGAGCCAGUCGCACUGCAAGCAUCUCGAGGAUCAGUUGCAGAUGAGGUGGAGGGAGAUGGAGGAACUGAGGAGCGGCCAGGUCACAUCUGAACACCAGCAGAAAGAAGCACUGCAGAGGCUGUCCCAAGACCUGAGGGAGAAGGAGGAGAGCUGGUUGUCAUGCCAACGGAGAUGUGAGGCGUUGCAGGAGCAGCUGUUGGCGUGGCAACAGAAGCACGAGGAGAUGACCCGCAGUCUCCGACGGGCGGAGGGCGAGGGCACCACCCUGACACAAGCCCUGGAGCAAGCAGCCGCCCGCGCCACCGCCACGGAGGCACAGAGGCAGGAGAUGAGUGCGGCCCAUGUCUGUGAGCUCCAAAGGCUGGAGGAGGACUUCAGGAAGAAGCUGCAGGAAGCAGAGGAGCAGAAGGCAAAGAUAGAGAUUGCUCUGGAGCAGCAGAGGGCCGAGGUGGCGUCGCGGCUGCAGGAGAAAGAGGUGACGCUGAGGAGAGAGGCCGCUCUGGAGAUGGACAUCGAGAGGCAGAAGAACCAGGAGCUCCUCAACAGAUACCAGCAGGAGAACCAGGAACUCCAUGUAAAGCUCCCGUCGCUGGUGCAGGGGGCGACGCAGGAGCUCCAAAGGGAGGUGGUGGCUCUGGAGGAGCAGCUGAUGGAGGCCAACGCCAGGCUGUCGGAGCAGGAGCAGCAGCGGGAGCAGGAGGCGCAACGCCUACGAGAGGAGGCCCACACCCUGCAGAGGCAGCUAGCGCAGGAGCGCAGCGUCGGCCAGGUGGAGCUCCAGCAGCAGCAGCAGAAGCACCAGCAGAGGGCCAUGCAGCUGGCCCAGGCCCUCAGGGACAUGGAGCAGCUCAAGAGCCUCAACGCAACCCUGGAGAAAGAGACAGAGAUGCUCCAGGAGACGGUGCGUCUGGAGUGUGAGGAGAGAGAGGGGCUGACGGCGGCCCUGACCGAGGCCAAGGAGCAGCUCCUGAGGCUUAGGCAGCAGGCCGCUCAGUCCCCCCCAUCAUCCUCCUCCACCUCCUCCACCUGCACAUCCUCCUCCACGGUCCCGCGCCUCCCCCAGAGACCCUCUCCACCCACCCCGACUUCCUCAGCCUCCACCCCCAGGGGGGCGCCGGCACAGAGACGCAGCAGCGCUGGCUCCUGGCACGGCCACUCCCAGACCACUACGCCCACCUUGCCCAGGCUCAGUGUGGAUAGAGGCCCCGGCUCAGCCAGCGAAGCACACAGACGCAUCGCCAUGCUCAUGGGCAGGAAAGACUCCAGAAUGUAGCCGACACAUGAACACUCAGACAAUAGACUUACAUAGUGUUUGUCACGUACACACGUACAAACUCUCAUACACACUCUCUCUCACACACACACACACACAAACACACACAAGCACACACACACAGAUUUAUACACAUACAGGGACACAAUCACAAUACACACACCUGGUCAUAACACAUACACACGCAG